ACAGUUUCCUGGUUGUGACCGUCCGUCUGUUUGCGCUCUCGUGAUGUCCGGCCGUGGCAAGCAAGGAGGCAAGGCCCGCGCCAAGGCCAAGUCGCGGUCGUCCCGCGCCGGGCUGCAGUUCCCAGUGGGUCGCGUGCACCGGCUGCUGCGCAAGGGCAACUACGCGGAGCGCGUGGGCGCCGGCGCGCCGGUAUACAUGGCGGCGGUGCUGGAGUACCUGACCGCCGAGAUCCUGGAGCUGGCGGGCAACGCGGCCCGCGACAACAAGAAGACCCGCAUCAUCCCGCGCCACCUGCAGCUGGCCAUCCGCAACGACGAAGAACUCAACAAGCUGCUGGGCAAAGUGACGAUCGCGCAGGGCGGCGUCCUGCCCAACAUCCAGGCCGUGCUGCUGCCCAAGAAGACGGAGAGCCACCAUAAGGCGAAGGGCAAGUGAGGCGGCUGCUGGCACCGGCCCGCGUCUCUACGAACCCUUCCCCCCCCCCCAGAGAACUCUCAAAAAACGGCUCUUUUCAGAGCCACCCACAGAAUCAGAUAAAGAGUUGUGUCACGGUAACCCGUCUCUUGGCCUUUCCCGGCCCUUCCCCAACAGUAA